AUGAGUUCGACGAAUCCAUCAUCGGCGACCACGACCGCGACCAAGACCAAAGCCAAGACCAAAUCCACCGUGAAGAAGUCGAAAACCGAGAAUGUAGACGCGACCAAGAAGAAGAAGUCGAAAAAAGCCGUCGGCAAGGACCAGGAGACCGGCUCCAAAAAGAAAUCGAUCAAAGACAAGACCAAGGAGAAGAAGACCGCGAAGAAAGCCACCGAUAAAACUGCAGCAGCGAGGAAAAACAACAAGAACAACGCGAGCUAA